AUGUCGGAUACGAACUUCCUCAACGUCUACAAAGGCGCAAACUCAGUCCAGGAUUAUUUCAAUCCGGACUUCGGUCCUCCUCUACCUGUGGUGGAGAUCCCAGACCGACUCAACCCCUACCGACGAGAUGGAGUGAGGAUAUACGCCAAGAUGAUGACGAUGCAUCCGGCCAACAAUGUAAAGGCCAUGCCAGCAUUAAACCUUCUGGAAAAGAGCGUGGUACCGGGUAAGACAAAGACUAUCAUCGAGUACAGCUCGGGUUCGACGGUAAUAUCCAUGUCCCUCAUCUCUCGAGUUUUCCACGACAUCCCAGAUGUCCGGGCUUUCUUAAGCAAUAAGACUAGCGUUGCCAAGUUGCGGCUGAUGCAGUUUUUCGGCCUCGAUAUUACACUUUUCGGCGGGCCAUCCCAGCCAGAGCCCACAGAUGGGCGUGGAGGGAUCAGGGCAGCGCAAAGGAUGGCCGAAGACGAUGAAUCCGUCAUCAAUCCGAACCAAUACGAAAACGACGGUAAUUGGAAGGCACACGUUAGGUGGACGGGGCCUCAAAUUCUCAGGCAAUUACCAGAGAUUAAUGUGAUCUGUGCUGGCAUGGGUACAUCAGGUACCGCUACAGGAUUAGGAAUGUUCUUCAAGGAGGCGAAGCCAUCGGUCUUACGCUUAGGAGUAUGCACAGCGCCUGGCGAUAGAGUACCAGGACCUCGUUCAUUUGCUCUUCUUGCUCCAGUCGAGUUCCCCUGGAAAUCAGCAGUAGAUCAUAUCGAGGAAGUCGGCUCGCACGACUCCUUCUCCUUAUCCUUAGACAUGUGUCGCGAGGGUAUCGUAUGUGGUCCCUCUUCGGGGUUUAAUCUGAAAGGAUUAUUCCAAUUCAUCGAAAAGCAGAAGGCUGCAGGAAAGCUGGAAGAAUACGCGGGGGAAGACGGAGAGAUCCAUUGCGUCUUCCUAUGCUGUGAUCUCCCCUAUCAAUAUAUCAACGAGUACUUUGAUAAGUUGGGGCCGGAGUAUUUCCCUUCCAUUACCAACGAGGCCCAGGCAUUGACGAAGGUUGAUCUUUACCGAUACGACGAGGCAUGGGAGAAAGACGCCACAGCUGCGCUCUCCUCGUUUUUGGAAGUGAAAAGACCGACGAUCAAAGAGGAAAUAUUGUCCAAUCUUCCAAAAGGGGUUGAAACCAAGAGAAAUUUGAGCGAAACGAUUUCCCUCAAAGACGGUGCGGUCAUUCUGGACAUCCGACAGCCCGAUGAUUUCGGAGAGUUCAGCCUCCCCGGAUCCGUCAACUUGCCAUUCGCGGACCCAUCGACCGCAAGCCCAUUUUCGGAGCCCGCAGUACUCGAAGCGCUAUGGUUGAAGCUAGAGGAAUACUUCCGAUCGCCUCACAACGAAACAGUUUCCUUAUUGCAGGCUAAGCGGAUCCUGGUACUCUGCUACGAUGGUAACAGUUCCCGCGUGGCAACCAGUGUGCUUCGCGCUAAAGGAUAUGAAGCCGAUAGCGUGCGCGGAGGCUUUCAAGCAUUAGGUGACUUACAAGGAUCCAACGAUUCAACCAUUCAGCGCGUUAAGUAA